AUGGCACCUCCGAGCGGAGCGGCCUCUCACAAGAAGAAAGAUGGGACCCUAGCUAUAUCCGCAGAUGAGAAGUCGGUAUCAUGGACACCCGCAGUCGCAGGUGCUGGGACUAUGAUCACGAUUCCCGUGAUCAACAUCACUAAUCUACAACAGACCCCGGCCUCGAAUCCGAAAGUGAUGCUCAAGAUCUUCGCCCAGGCUCCUGAUGCUCCCCCGAACAGUACACCCGAACAAUAUGUCUUCCUCUUUACCGCCGGAGCAGAUGCUCGCGCGCAGGCCGAUGUCAUCAAAGAUACACUGAGUGCUCGAGUCAAUGCGGCGAAGGCUGGUACACCAUCACAGACACCGGGACCUAGUGGCGCAGGUGAGGGUCUUUCGGCAGCAAUGGCGAUUGCCAAUGCUGUCACAUCAGCUGCGACCUCGAAGAAUCCUUUGGAUGACGAGAAUAAGCUUCGGUCCGACACAGAGCUGCAGCAGUCGUUGCUGAGAUCUGAUUCGAAUCUCCAACGGAUGUUUUUCGAGGGACUGCAUACCAAACCUGAAGCUCUAUCGUCUGGGUCGUUUGUGUCUCAAUUCUGGUCGACACGACUACACCUACUGCGAGCGCAUGCAAUUGAGCAGGGCCAAAUGCGCGGCUCAUACAACGUGCUAUCCACACUCAAGCCUCGGGUCGAGGAUAAUGUGACACGGUUGAACAUCAGCAAAGAGCAAAUUCAGCUUAUUUUUACACAACACUCACUCGUCAAACGCGUUUACGACGAGAAUGUGCCCAAACUCAGCGAGCAGCAAUUCUGGUCCCGAUUCUUCCAAAGUCGGCUGUUCAAGAAACUUCGUGGAGAGAGAAUUACGGAGGCGGACGCAACCGAUGCCAUCCUGGACAAAUAUCUCCAAACGGAGGAGGCUGCUAGGGCAGACCGUGAAACGAAUAUCCAUCACUUUUUGGAUCUGGCUGGUAACGAAGUCAACCACAGUCAGCGUCGCGGAAACCGACCUGAUCUUGAUAUGAGACCAUCUGGCGUUGACAAAGUGCCGAUCAUUCGGACUCUGAACAGCCUGAGUGAAAAGAUCAUGGCCAAUGUGGCACCGGCUGAUGGCGAUAUGAACGCCCCUGUCGGCAUGAACGAAGAGGCAUGGAAACAGCUCCAGCUACAGGAUCUUCGCGCAGAAGAAGAGCAAAGCCGUGUCACUUUAAACAUUCGGGAUCAAAGCCGGUUCUUCUCCCAGGGCCAAGAGGAGGAUCAAACGAAGGAAUGUGCCAAACAAGAUCCGGAUCAGCUUCUUCAAACUCUCCGUGCCGAGAUCAACCAGAGCCUUCCAUCGCAAGGCAAUACGCAACUGGGCAAGUUGGUAGACCCCGGCGAUGAUGAAGAUGAGGAGAUGGAGGAUGCACCUGCCAGUCGUCGACCAGUUGGAUCAUCUGUUGCUCUACAUGAUGCGUUUUCUCAAAUCCUGGAAGCAUUGCGCGAGCGCCGUGCCCACAUGAAUGAGGGAGCGACAUCAGAGACCUAUGGGUUGUCCACGGCGCUGUUCGACCGGUUGACCUUGACACACGCUACUACGACUGAAUUUUUACACCAGUUCUGGCAGGCAUUCCUCUCAGGCAACCCCGAUCGCGCUGGAGAGGUCGCGUCUUUAGCAGAAUCUCUUCGACGAGCAGUAGAACGCAUCAACGCGGUUGCUAAUGAUGCGGAGGCUGAGAGGAAAGUCGAAGUUGACCGAUUAAAGAGGCACGCUCGUGAGAUGUACGAGAGCACCGGGCGAAAAUUACGAAUCAACUUAGAAGGCGUGGAAGGAGGCCAGAAGGUUGUGAACCAGCUUCUUGGUCCUACACUACAUGCAUUGGAGGUCGCAUCGACUCGAUACCAGAAAGAACUGGCCGAACAAAAUAAAGAAGCUGCACUAGCUGGCUAA